AUGGCGGUGAUAUCAGACUCAUUGACUUUUCUAUCAGAGCAUCUCCCAGCAAUCCUAGUCCUCACCACUAUACUCUACUUAACAAAAAACUAUUUCACACCAGGAGCAUCUUCAAUCCCGGGCCCAUUCCUAGCCAAAUUCUCUAACAUCUGGAGAUUCAUCGAUGUCGCCAAAGGACGCGCAGAAGUGACACUCCACAAGCUUCAUCAGAAACAUGGAGAUUAUGUCCGACUAGGGCCGAAUGUGGUCAGUGUGCGGGAUUUGGAUGCUUUGAAGAUUAUUUAUGGUAUUAAUAAAGGCUAUCAGAAGACCGAUUUCUAUUGUGUUCAGCAACAAUUAGCAAAGGGUAGACCGACGCCUACUCUCUUUACUACAACUGAUGAAGAGUUUCAUGCUGCUAUCAAACGGCCUAUUUCUUCGGCUUAUUCGAUGAGUACGCUUACUGAGUUUGAGCCGUUUGUUGAUAAGACUAUAUCGACAUUCUUUAGGAAGUUGGAUGGGUUUGUGGAAUCGGGUAGGGUUUGUGAUAUUGCUGCUUGGUUGCAAUUUUAUGCUUUUGAUGUUAUUGGAGAAUUGACGUUCAGUAAGCCACUUGGGUUUCUUGAGAAGGGAGGUGACGUGGAUGGGAUUAUUGUUGCCUUGGAAUAUAUGCUUGAUUAUUCCGGCAAGAUUGGUCAGAUGCCAUGGCUUGACUAUCUAUUCAUCAAAAAUCCCCUCAAGAACCUCUUUGGGGGAGGCUCCACAGGGGCAGUGGCACGUUUUGCCCGCGCACGACUCGACGAAAGACUAAAACAAACGAGUAUAGGGGAUACACUAAUAAGUUCACUCUCAUCUCCGCAUAAAGAUUUCCUCGCCCGCUUCCUAGAAGCAAAAACUGAGCAUCCAAACAUCGUUAACGACAACCAAGUCUUCUCAUACACCGUCAGUAACAUGAACGCCGGCUCAGACACAACAGCCAUCUCUCUACGAGCAAUCCUCUACUACACACUCAAAAACCCACGAGUGUACAAGAAACUAAACGAAGAACUCAACAACGCCUUCGAGGAAAACCGCAUCUCAUUGCCCGUUUCUUGGAAACAAAGCCAAGAACAACUCCCUUACCUAGAUGCAGUCAUUAAGGAAGCUCUCCGUCUACAUCCCGCCGUGGGGCUGAUGCUUGAGCGAAUUGUUCCAGCUGAAGGGCUUCAACUUCCUCAUGGUGGUCCUUUCUUGCCUGCUGGGACAGUCGUUGGGGCUAAUCCCUGGAUUAUACAUCGGCAUUAUGUCUUCGGGGAAGAUGUGGAGUCAUUUAUUCCGGAGCGUUGGCUUAGGAUGGAUGGGGAGGCCGAGGAGGUGUUUCAGGGGAGGAGGCAGAAGAUGUUGCGGGCGACUUUUACGUUUGGGGCUGGGCCGAGGACUUGCAUUGGGAAGAAUGUUAGUUUAUUGGAGAUUUAUAAACUUAUCCCGUCGCUUUUCCUGAGUUAUAAGAUUGAGCUGAAGGAUCCUGAUGCUGAAUGGGAGAUUUUGAAUGCGUGGUUUGUUAGGCAGAAGAAUAUGGAUGUAAGGUUGGAUCGCACAGCAGUG